AAAAUAAUUAGAUCUUUUAUUUUCAGGUGAUUUUCCGGUCAUACAGAGGACAUAGGCUAACCAGCCUGUACAGUAGUAGUGUACAGUGGAGGUACCAGGUUAAGUCCAGGGACCAUGGUGGACGAGGAGAGUAUGUCUGGACUACAGCUGGCCCUGGAGGAUGGACCUCAAGACUCUCCGGUCCAUCUAGUUCCAAACCAUCAGGUUAACAAGAGGACGCUAAUAGUCCGGACUGGUUCUCGGAAACGCGGAAAAUUUUUAGAUUAUUUCCUCAAGAGCUCUGAGAGCCCCCCAACAUAUGCAGAAGCAGUGCCGGGAGCUGAUCCAGAGGAAUGGAACCAUCUUCAACCCAACCCAGCUCCAGGAGAUAUUAGAACUACAGAUGAUCCUGAGCGUGAAACUUGGGGAAGUAAUCUGGAUUUUCUUCUCUCAAUUAUUGGAUUUGCUGUAGAUCUAGCAAAUGUUUGGAGGUUUCCGUACCUUUGCUAUAAAAAUGGUGGCGGUGCUUUCCUCAUCCCAUACUUGCUCAUGCUAACGCUGGGCGCACUGCCGCUGUUUUAUAUGGAACUAGUUUUGGGACAAUUUCACAGACAAGGUCCUAUUUCAGUUUGGAGAAUUUGCCCCAUUUUUAAAGGAUUAGGCUACUGUGCAGUUCUUGUUUCCUUUUUUGUUUCCUUCUAUUAUAAUGUUAUCAUUGGCUGGGCUUUCCACUUUCUCAUUUCUUCAUUUAACUAUAAACUACCAUGGAAGGAUUGUUUGAACUCCUGGAAUGACGAUGAAUGCGCAAUAAAAUGUGAAACAAUUCUAGAUCCUGAAACUAAUCAAACAUACAGCCAGCUUUUUAAGAGUGAUUCGAACCUGACAUCAAUAUUUGGGAAUAUCACCUGCAAUCAAACCAGAUCUCCAGCCAAAGAAUAUUUCAAUAAAGCUGUUCUAAGAGUCCAUGAGAGUGAGGGUAUCUAUGAUCUAGGAGUACCACAAUGGCAGCUUAUUCUUUGUAUAGGAGCUGUUUACUGUCUACUCUAUUUAUCUCUUUUUAAGGGAGUAAAAUCCUCUGGUAAGGUAGUAUGGCUGACUGCUACUAUGCCCUAUGUUGUUCUAUCAAUCCUGCUAGUUCGAGGACUUAUGCUUGAUGGAGCUAUGGAUGGGAUUUCCUUCUAUCUCAGUGUUGACUGGAAGAAGCUGCGCGAGCCCCAAGUGUGGAUUGAUGCCGCGGUACAGAUUUUCUACAGCGUGGGAGCAGGUUUUGGUGUCCAUCUUGCUUACGCCAGCUAUAACAAGUUCCAUAACAACUGCUAUAGGGAUUGCUUGGUAACCUCUGCGGUGAACUCAUUCACGAGCUUCUUCUCUGGGUUCGUUAUCUUCACCUACCUGGGCUACAUGGCUAAAUCACAGGGGAAAGAUAUUGAGAACGUAGCAGACCAAGGCCCUGGGCUUGUAUUUGAGGUUUACCCUCAAGCAGUUGCUACACUUCCGGGCAGUCAGUUCUGGGCUGUUCUCUUCUUUUUCAUGCUUAUCAUGCUUGGCAUGGAUAGCGCGAUGGGAGGCCUUGAGUGUGUAAUAACAGGAGUUAUGGAUGAAUUCAAAGAAUUCUUUCAUAAGCAUAAAAUCUCGCGGGAAAUAUUCACGGGAUUUGUCGUCUUCUUUUCCUUCCUAGUGGCAAUUGUGUGUGUCACACCGGGUGGAUAUUAUGUGUUUAAUCUACUGGAGGUGUAUGCUGCAGGAUUAUCUUUACUAACAACCGUAUUUUUUGAAGCUGUAGCAGUAUCUUGGGUUUACGGUCUACGGUACUUUGGAAACGAUAUCUACGCCAUGUUGGGUCAUAGACCUGGAAUAUAUUGGAGAAUAUGCUGGAAAUUCAUCAGUCCUUGUGUUCUAGCAGGUAUAAUAGCUAUACACAUGGUUGACUAUGGACCUUUCGAGAUGGAGAUGUACGACGGUACAGUGUACAAAUAUCCUGCAGGAGCACAGUGGGCGGGCAGAAUUCUCGCGAGUACCACUAUGGCCUGUAUUCCCUUAACAGCUAUAUAUGUUGUGAUACAAGCAAAGAGGAACGGUCCUGCCAGUAAGAAAAGAACAUGGAUUCAGAGUUUUGGAAUUGCUAUCACUCCUUGUUAUGAAACCAUUCAAGAUGAUCAAAAUACGAGGUUUACGAUGGCUCACUGGAAGCAACUUUAGACUGCUGAUUAUAUAAUUCUGUUUUGAAGGAAUGUUGUUCUAGUUUUUAGUGAACUUCCAGUUAAAGAGGGGAGUGAUUGAUUAACAAUAGUACCCUUUUAAACCUUAAACUGAUCAAUAAUGUGGAAGAUAUUGUCGCUUUUCUAGGUAGCUAAGAGUUUAUUAAUCUAUUGUUUUUUAAGCAGAAAUGCCCAAACCACAAUUGAAAAUAAUCAAUUUUCAGAGAAAAGAUGAUUGAUAUCCUAGCUUAUGUUAAGGGUUAAAGGAUACCGUUGUGAAUCGUACAUACCCUUCUAUUAAUGGAGAUUCACUUGAAAUUACGUCUACAGUCCCUUAAAUUAUAUUUUUUGACAAAAUCUGAAAGACUAAGCCUAACAAUGCAUUUUAUUUUUACGUUUCCCUAAAAUUUUCAUCUUUCUUUAAAGAACUUUGACGCACAAUAAUACGAAGAACUGAUGUAGUACAAUACAAAAGUUAGAAUACAAAGUUAAUAAUAUGUGAUACCUAUACAAUGCUCUAGAAAUAAGGAUUUAUUGUUAUAUUUGUGAAAAUUAAGAAUUUAUGAUGAAAAGUUUAUAUUUAAGAUGUUACCUAUACAAUGCUCGAGAAAUAUAUUAUGAACAUGAA